AUGGCCGUUGUGGCUAUCGCACUGCUGCUUAUGUCCAUGCACCAACCAACCCUCAAAGAUCUGUGCAUCGCGGAAGACUGUCACGUUCAUGCAGCACUACUGGACAACACCAUAAACCAAAGCAUCGAUGCCUGUGAAGACUUUCGCGCUCACGUUUGUUCCAAAUGGUCCCCACCGGGUGAGAGGAGGCAGCUGCGAGACUUUGACACGUCCGUCUUGGAAGACAUGGUGCUUUCUUGGUUAUUCGGUUUAGAGGAGACCCUCCUGAAAGGCUCGCGAAAGUUCCCAGUAGGCCACAAAGCGUUACUGAUGUUCCAAUCCUGCAUGAGCGGCCCCUCCGAGUACGGCUCAACGCUGGGCCAAUUUCUCAAGUUUAUCGAAGAGCUCGGCUUGUCCUGGCCAGAACGUCCAAAGCAGCAGAUCGAUGCUCUGGAGGUGCUCCUCACGUUGGCUCACGAAUGGCACGUCGAGUUCUGGUUCUCCGUGCAGAUCGUUCUGUAUGGUCAAGGGACAAGGGAAUUCUGGCGACUCUCUUUGGAACCCGCUCCCCAGCUGCCGUUCUACCUCCAGCACCACCGCAGUGUCAUCAACUCUGGGGGAUACUACGAGUACUGGAGCCAGUUCUAUACGGCAUUCACCAACAGUAACCCCGUCAACAGUGAGCGGCGAGCCACAGAUGCUGCCCGCCUAGAGGGCGACAUACUCGAGGCCCUCAACCAAGCCCUUCACGUGUCGCCCAGAAAAGCGACGGGGUUCUCUCUUGGAGAAAUGGAAGUGUACACGCCGAGCAUAGACUCCGACCGGUGGCUAGAAUGUCUGCAGAAGGUCACCAACAUGGACCCCGCGCUGAAGCAACGGGAUGAUGUUGUCGUCAGCAACGUGAAGUUCCUGCUCACUGUGGGGGAGCUUUUCGGCAACUAUUCGAACGAGCAAAUUCUGGCGUUUCUAGCGUGGCAAUUCGUUGAGCACUACGGUCCGGUUGCCGACAGCCGCCUACUAUGGACGAGGUAUGGGGACCAGACGAUAGCCGAUACACUGAGACCAGCAUUUUGCGGCUUUCACAUCGAAGUGGCCUACAAGGCAGUGUUACUGGCAAUGCAGUUUGCCCUCAAGAUUACGAAAGAAGACCGGUUGGAGAUAUACCGAGGAUUCCGCCGCCUGAGUUCGAAGGCCGUGCACUUGGUGCACUCAUCUGAGUGGCUGGACUCGGAGAGUAAGGAUGCAAUGGCAGCGAAGCUUAGAAGACUUGAGUUGGAGAUCUGGCCUCCGGCGGAGUACUUGACCAACGAAAGUCUCGAAAAGGUAUUCCAUACUUACCCCGAACACGAGAAAACGUUCGGAAGCUACUGGAUCAAAUCUAUUCAGAGUCUGCGCACCACGAAGAAGGAUUCGCUAUACAAACGUGUGCGUAGGCUGCCGCUAAACUACGCACAGCCCUAUUUCGUACACGACAAUUUCAAUAACACCGUUAGCGUGGCCAUCGCUGCCGUCACCCGCCCACUGUUCUACAGUAAGGGCACACGUGCCAUGUUCUACGGCGGCAUAGGAUUCUCGAUUGCGCUUGAACUGGUCAAAGCACUCGACCGAGAAGGCCUUCGCUGGGAUGCUGCUGGUAAUGUCCACUCAGUCAUCAGCAAAAACUCGAGUGCGGCCUAUGAUGCGAGAAAUAGCUGCCUGAACAACAGCGACGAACGCGAGGACAGUUUGUUUCCCGAGAUCCCGGCGAUGGAGAUUGCCUACUCCGCGUUUUUGGAUGCCACGAAGGAAGCUGAGAAAGAACUCCCCAUAAGCCAGAAUUUCACGGAAACACAGGUGUUCUUUCUGACAGUGUGCUAUAUGACGUGCAGUCUAAAAGGCGUCAUUAAUCCCUUCUCGGCCAAUUGCAACAAACUUGUGCGAAAUUCCUUAGCUUUCGCAAACGCCUUUGCCUGCCCGCUUGGAUCCAAGAUGAAUCCAUUCAGGAAGUGCGCUCUGUUCGGAUAG